ACACAAUUUUGGACAAUUCGCUUCCUUUCAGCGUGAGAACUAUUUUGCACUUUUCUGCAAUAAGGCUUUUUUACUAUCCAGGAUGCAAAUAUGCGGUGUGAACCGACGCGUGUGACAGAAAUUCGUGUUUACGCUCUGCUUGGUGGUUCGGUUACGCAUCGUGCACAGCCGAGUACUAAAACGGAGCUGUAAUGUCGGCAAGUAGGACCAGCUAUGAGCACGUUUAUAUAAAACCACAUGCAAAGGUGAACACAACGUCUGGUUUAACAAUAAAAAAGUACGUACACUCUCAUUAAGAAGUCUUGCAUCUGAUCUGGGUUAGCUAGAGAGAUAGCACUUUGCCACCAUAUUUACAAGCAGGGUAUCACGGCCUUUGCACAACUGCUCGGAGACUUGGCAAGCAGAUUGGCCGGCAGCCUAAGAAAAUCACCAUUUACUCCGUCUUCAAGUCUCGCAUUAACUGAAAAAUACUUUCUUUAGAGCUGUAUGUUGCACAUAAUGAUGGACCAAAUGCUUCCAGAUUAUCCAGAGGAAUGUCGCAUGGGACACGAUGCACGUGGAAUGACUAUGGUGGAUUAUGGGUACGGUGAUACAGCUCCCCAGGGAUACGAGCUUGGAGGAAUGCCUUUACAUCCAAUGAAGCAUGAACAUUUCAAAUUGGACGACAGCCCGGUCAGUUUUAUGAUGAACAAGCUUUCUCCCGAGGAGGAGGAAAGAAGGCGAGUGAGAAGAGAAAGAAACAAAGUUGCGGCAUCAAAAUGCAGGAACAAGAGAAAGGAACACAUAAAACAUUUGAUGAAGGAAUCAGAGGAACUUGAAAACAGAAACAGUAGUUUACAGAACGAAAUAAACACACUACAGUCUGAAAUUAAACAGCUCGAGAGCAUGCUGGACUCGCAUCGAUGCAGCAUGUCAUGCAAAGUUUCAAACUGACUUAAAGGACCUGACCAGACUAACUUCACAACACUAUGACGUAGAGAUGCCCAUAAUACAGUUGGGUGACUGCAGAAUGUUUAAAGCAGUUGCGAUUAAAACCUUAUAAAACAGGUUAUAAGGGCGUCAAGAAAUGUGUGCGAUUUUGCCUACCCACGUUUAAGACAGCCAAAUGACAAUUCCAACCCACCGGAAAAGACAUAGUCUUCAGACCCUAGUGCCUUGUUUGGAAUCUUGACAUAUUGCAAGAAAAUUAUCCUACGCACUUUAGGGACUACAUACAAAGCGACACAACCCAACAGUAAUGGACAAUCGUAAAAAAUAACGCCAAUUUUAGUUCCUGGCAAAACUUUGUACGGCUAACGUCUUACUUUUUUAGACUUCAAGAUAAAAAUAAAACUGUUUAUUAAUAACUGACUUGCUCCUUAUUUGAUCCGGUUGCAUGAAUUAUUUCACAGUCUCCAUUAAAAUUUAAACAAUAAGUACACCAGGUUUUUAUAUUUGAAAAGGAAUGGAUUAAAAUUGUUUUCGUCGACAGCUAAGGAGGCCAGCGGACCUUGGUCCUUACUAGCUUACUUUGGCUAUUUGGUUUCUUUUCAUUCAGUCAGUGUUAGCUACCUUUUAUUCCUUUAUAUUCGUUCAUCUCCCUCUCCCCCCAUUCAAAAGCGAUUUUUGUCGGCCUAAAUUUGCCAAUUCCACUACCGAAAUGAAUAUGUUAAAAAGCUAUAUUUUUGGUCACCGGUUUUUUGGGCCAAGGAUUUCAUGAGAUCCCGUGUGCUAUAUGAAAAAUUGCAUUUAGGUAACUUGGUACCUUUAUUGUGUUUAGAAACCAUAUUAAAAACACACAUACAAAAUCAUAAUUUUUUCUUAGAAUUUUCGCCUCCUCAGUAGGAGUUAUCAAGUCUUAUGUUUUUUAUUAUGAUUUCUAAAUGCAAUAAAGGUACCAGGUUGCCUUAAUAUAAUUUAAAAAAUGUGGUCACCACGUUAUAUCUGUCGUUAAUACAUACUUGCAAGUUCAUUUUUUCAUCACAACAUAAGCAAUAUAUCCUCAGUUACGUUUGAAUUAUUGCAAAGCCAAAUAUCCCCCAUUUGCUAGCGGCUCGACUGUCUUGUUUUACUACCAACCUUCUCCUACUGCUACUAACAGAUUAUGCCAUUCGACAGAAGAAACCACAUCUCUAUCACAACAAAGCACAACUCAAGAACAUAACGUAAAGCAAACAUAAUACAAAGUUACACCACUUAACAUUAUAUAACAUUAAACUGCAUGGUGCAGCAUAUUAUAUAACGUAACACAAGAAAACAUUUCUGAUGCUAAGGGAAAUAAGUGAACAAUUUCUAGAUUAAACCGUAAGUAGACAGUAACAAUAAUAAUAGUAUCAAUUCCACAUCUAUAUUUCAGUACAGAUAUGCUGUUCACCAUUCGUGCUUAAGUUUGCUUAUAUCAUCGGAAAGCUAGAUCGAUAUAUUGUUUGCUUCGAACCAAAGACCGAGAUACAACUUUUUGCUUGGGAGGGGGGAGGACAGCCCUGAUAAAUAGGUGUAAAACAGCCAUAUUUUGCAAAACAAAAGUAUUUUACUUAUACCAGUUAGGUUUCUUGGUAUCUCGACCUCCCCGCCCCCCGGUAUCUCGGUCCUUGAUUUGAACAAGGGAGCUUUCUUUCUAUUUUAUAACCCCAUUAUAAACUGAUCAAUCAUUUUUGAGAGCUUUUUGUGUUCGACCAAGCAGAGCCUAGGAGGACAAGGAUGUAACUCCACUUCAGAAUGUCCUUCACAGGAAAGUAACUUAAGCUUGAAAACUCCUCUUCUACUUCUUCUUUAAACUCUUGCCUGCGACUCUCACAAAAAAAUACUUCCAGUUUGAUAUACAAACAGGUAAUUUGAUAACUUUUAAAGCGAUCAAUUCCCCACAGAUGAUUUUAGUAAUAACAUGUUCUUCCAUCUUCUGGAGGAUGAACAUGAGGUAAAUGGUGCAACAUGAGGUAAAUGGGUUCGCCGUAUGCGCUGAACGAAGUUGGUGGUCUAGAGUUCGGAAGUCUUUGCCUUCUGUUUUUAAAUUAUAUCUCUAACUACCCAAGUAGGUACACUCACAAAAAGGUUUUUUGUUCCUCUCUUCUGGCCAAUGUUGUAAAAAGUAAGAAUUAAAUAAACAAAUACAAUCCCCAUUAUGUAUCAUAAGUAAUGUUAGAAAAUCUACAGUGAUAAAUAGCUGCGUUAUUAAAUAGGUACAUUGUCUCUACACUUCAUUAUAAUUGAUUAGCAUAAAUAUAAUUCGACACAAUACAUUCUUAUGAAAUUCCGUACAAACAGCAAUUAUAUAUUAUCUAUGUUUAUAACUAGCAUUCGCUAUCUUGCAUAGAAUAAAUUACUAACACAACAGCGGUAGCUUCACACCACAAAAUAAAAGAACUCGGGAAAAUAUAUUUCUACAUAGCUAAGGGUUUACCAAUAACGCUAGUUCAAGAGCUGUAGAAAAAUUCUUCCUACAAUCAAUAAAGAUUGGGUCAUUCUUAGGCAGCGUGUGCGGGAAUGGACGACGA